CGUGAGUCGAAUCUCGGACGGUUUUACCCGGCGGUCAAAGAUGAACUCUUGUGGACACUCCAUAAAACUACCAGUACGUGGAACUCUCCGAUGCUUUCAUUCUGGCACGAAAGCCUUGGGACGACCGCAGCGUCCUCCUACGGCGGGUUUUUCCUUGAAAUGCCAGCCCUGCAUGACCAGUGCCAUCGCCGUGAGGCCACGGCAGUAAGGUCCUGUGCCCGAGAAAGCAUCAAUGAUGGCUGCCACGGGCAAUUAUACUUGUGAACUCAUUUGCGACGAGUAAGAAUAAUAUGUCACCUGGUUCACGCUGAAGAAUGGCCUGCUUGACGGACCUAUUUUGCUGCGUGGUGAGGGACAACUUUUGCAGCUUCGACAAUAUUAGCCUCACGAGCCCGGACACGCCUUACGUUGAGAUAUCGUUGCUCUGCUGACGGACUGCACAAUAAUCGACUUCCCACCAUGCGUGCUCUUACCGUUGGGACGGUUCUGCUGGCCUCGCUGGCUCAGGUCCAGGCGGCUACACUCCCUAAAUCUCCUGCUCAGCCAAGAGCGUCGCUACCAAACGACACUUCAUCAUGCCUUACGUUAACGCCCGCCAACGUGCAGUCACAAGGAGGAUGUGCCCACUCGCCAACCUCGAGACAGUGCUGGGGUGACUAUUCGAUCAAUACCAACUGGUACGAUGAUACUCCCUACACAGGGGUGACUCGAGAGUACUGGCUGGUCGCACAAAAUGUCACCAUGGCACCUGAUGGUUACGAACAGCAAGUACUGGUCUUCAAUGGCAGCUUGCCUGGACCGACCAUUUUUGCAGACUGGGGUGACGAGGUCAUCAUACAUGUGACCAACGCCAUGCAGGACAAUGGCACCUCCAUUCACUGGCAUGGUCUCAGACAAUUCAAUAACAACGAAUUUGAUGGAGUCCCCGGGGUAACGCAAUGUCCAAUUGCCCCUGGUCAGACGUACACCUACAAGUGGAGAGCGACGCAGUAUGGAUCAUCGUGGUACCAUUCGCAUUUCAGCUUUCAGUACUCGGCCGGCCUUUUCGGUCCUAUAAUCAUCAAUGGGCCGGCCACGGCGGAUUAUGACGAGGACCUCGGCGCUUUGGUGCUGAUGGACUGGACGCACAUUUCGACGUUCAAUGAAUGGUGGUGGGAUAGACCGACCACCGGACCUCCUUCGCAGGCCAACUCCCUCAUCAAUGGCACCAACGUCUUCGAUUGCCACCAGGACAACACCACCCAAUGUCAGGGCAAGGACAUCGUCGGCCAGAGGUUCGAGAUGACCUUUGUGUCCGGCACGAAGUACCGCCUUCGCCUGGUCAACACGGGACUGUACUCGCACUUCCGGUUCGCCAUUGACGGGCACAACCUGACCGUCAUUGCCAUGGAUUUUGUGCCUGUUGUCCCCUACACGACCGACAGCCUGAUGAUCUCCAUGGGCCAGCGGUACGACGUGAUCAUCGAAGCCAACGCCCCGCCCGACAACUACUGGCUCCGACCGAUCUGGCAGCGCUCGUGCUGCGACAACGACGCUUGGAACAACACCCUGGGCAUCGUGCGCUACGCCGACACCAACUCAAGCGCCGUACCUACAACGACGAACCCUGCCACCGAGUACAAAUCACAAUGCGAGGACGAGCCUUUUGACAAACUAGUCCCCUACAUGCCUCUCGACGUGCCAGCUCCGGACUCGAUCUCGCUGCUAAACCUGAACUACAGCUUCGUUCCGAUGCCUGCAGGGUUUCUGUUCACGCUGAACAACUCGUACAUCUGGGUCAACUUCUCGGCGCCCACGGACCUGAUGAUUCACCAGCAAAACACCAGCUGGCCCAACACCGGGUACACGCCACAAAAGGGGUUUACGAAUUACGACGCCAUCCCCCUCGGUAUCGCCGACCAGUGGGUGUACUUUGGGCUACAGGAUCUCUCGCACCGCAACCGGUCGCACCCGAUGCACCUGCACGGGCACGACUACGUCGUUCUGGCCCAGGGGUUCGGCCCUCUCAACGACACGGUCAAUCUGACGCUGUCGAACCCGCCGAGACGAGACGUGGCUACGCUGCCGCUGAACGGGUACAUGGUCAUGGCGUUCAAGACGGACAACCCGGGAGCCUGGCUCAUGCAUUGCCACAUCGCUGCGCACUCGAGUGAAGGGCUCGGGCUGCAGUUCGUCGAGAGACAGGACGAGAUCAUGGCUACGUUUGCGGACCCCUUCGGGUUGGAGAAUACCUGUGAGACGUGGCAGACAUAUUGGAAUAAUGAUGAAGUGUAUAUGCAGGAGGAUGCGGGGAUAUGAGGACCAAUGCUAAGCGUAAGGGGUAAGAGAGUUGUUGCCAGAGCAUCAUCAUCGUCGUCGUCGUUGUCGUCGUCGUGGUCUUAGCUAGAGUAUUCAUCAUCGGGGAGAGGAAGAGGUUGAGGUUGUGGUUGUGGUUGUGGUUGUUUUGUUUUCCGGCUAGCAGCAUAGAUACUAAUAUUGUAAAAGGCAGUCUGUCUUCCUUUUG